UGUGCUUUGCAGAAUAAUUUUGACGUCAUAUUUGUUGCCAAUAUCUUACAAAUAAUUGAACAAUAAUAACUUUAAUACUGAAAAAAGAAAGAAAGAAAAAAAAAGGGCAAAUAUAAUACACAUUUACCAUGGAUAUGUUCUAUAUGUGGGGUUACAGCACGGCUAUUAACAGCACAGGAGCCAUUUACUACUGCGCCAGGUUCAACUGGGACAGAGUCUACUACAUAGCCUGCACAACAGGAUGCUGUGGAAGUACGUACAACAAAUAUUGCUGUAUGGGCACGGCGCUGACGGCGGGGAUUGUGACGGCGGUGAUCAUAGCCAUCCUGGUGGUGGCGCUCCUCGUGUGUAUGUGUGCCAAGAAACACACCCGCAGCGCCAGGAACAUCAGGCCCGGCAAUCACGGAAUGCAGCCCAACGUCACCGUAAUGUACGCAGGGAGAAACGCGCAUGGUUGGAACUUUAACGGAUAUCCACAAGGCAUGCCAUAUCCCGUCCAACCACUCCCCUUUCCACAACCGCCUCCGUACAAACCGCGAGGACCUCCACCUCCUUAUUUAAGCAACAACAACAAUAACAGCUUUGAGUACCAAGCUGGUGGUGCUGGUGGUAGUGGUGGACAAGGCCGAGUUAUUGUGACAGGUCUGGCCCCCGGCGUGCACGCUCCUCCAACGAUUCCACCGGUCGAGGAUGAACUGCCUCCAGCCUACACCGCCACUGCUCACACCUCCCCACACCCUCCUCUGAGUACGGUCGCGCCAACCAGGGACUUGGCAACAGCAGGGCAAACUCAGCGGAAUUUAUCCACAGCUGUUUUAGAAGGAGAACGUUCACAGCGUGGUGGCAUUGCGACGGCGGCGGCGGCGUCUGAGAGAACCACAGCGGCGGGGACAUCAGCAUCACAUACUGCUGGGCAGUCACAGGCUAGAACUCCAGGGUCGUCCGAAUCACAGAGGGGUCUUCACACAGCCGAGUCACAGUCAGAAAGAGGAACAACGACCGCUGCUUCCCAGAGAGUCCAUCUUGCCACAGCGCAGUCGCAGUCUAGAGACAUCCAGACAUCAGCGUCACAGCGAGGACUACAUACCCAAGGGAACUGAGGCAGGGAAUCCGGUGCUGUUUUUCCCCCUGGAUGGGGCCUAGUGCUUAUAACCCUUUUAAAGUCUAGACUCAAGGCUCAAAUUGUUUGCGUGUGACGUCAUUAAAGAUUAAAUCUAGCCUCUAAACGUUUUAUCAGCAUGGACCUAUAAAACUUUUAACGUCUGAGACUUCAACGCCAUAUAAAUUGCAUGCGUGUGACGUCAUUAGAGAGUUUGAGUCCAGACCCUAAAGUUUUAUAAGCACGGUCCAUAAUUCUACUGAAAGUUUAAAGUGCUUUUAGUUGUACAGUAAUAUUUAUUGAAAUUAAUGUUUUUUUCUGAGACUAAAAUUGCUGUGAUCUUGAACAACGUGUGUCAAAAUAACAAUGAAGUGAUUUUUGUAACAUCGUGUACCUGAAUGUAUAAUACAAAAAUGUGUUUAAUUGUUAACUGUUCUUAUGUUAUACAGCUACCAAGAUACCAAAUGAUAAAUGAUAAAUGGAAUGUGCAAAAUGCAAAAAGUGUACAACAACUGUAUUAAAAAAGAUGUUUAGAAAGAUGAAAAUACACACACACACACACACACACACACACACACACACACACACACACAAAUUAAUAAACUGGAUUUGGGCCGGUGCUUAUAAAACAUUUAGUUGAGUCCAGACUCAAUAUUUAAUGACGUCACAGGCAUAUAAUUUGUAUAGCGUUGCCAUGGCGUUACGGUCUUAGACUAUUAGUCAUGAGUUUUAGACUCGAAUUUUUUUUUUUAUAAGCACCAGGCUUGAUCCGUAAAAUAUUUAGUAUGAAAAAUUAUUUCCCCCAAGUCAGGGGCGGAUUAUGGGUUGUUUUCCAGUUGCACGCCCCCCCCCCCCGAACAACCCCACCAAGUAGAUCUAAAUUGAGGUCCACGUAAAAUUUAUAAUUUCAAAUUAUAAACAUGUACUUAUUGUUUCGGACCCCCCCCCCCCCCCCCCCCCCACACACACACACACACCUAAAAUAUAAUUCGCCCCUGCAAGUAUUAUUGAAUGUUCACCUUUUAUUUCAUUACAUUUUUAAAUACAUUUAUCUUUCAUCCUGUUACACACGGAAAACAUGUCAAGUAUAUAAAAUGACAUGCAACUUCUCAAGUGACAGAUUAUAACGACAGGCUAAAAAAACUAAUUCAAUUUGAUUUUAUAAAAAUAUGAUAAUUCCUAAAAAUGGACUGAGAUUGUAUAAUAUUUGUAACAUUUACUUUAACUGAAUGUUUUAAUUUAAUUUAAAAAUAUUCAUGAAAUUUGUUGUAUUCAUUAAAGCCUUGUAUAGUAUUAUUUCUUUUAUGUUUUCCAAGUAUAAAAGGGAAAUGGAUCGAAUAGUGUCACAUUUGAACAUAAAAUGCAAAACUGUUUCAGAUUCACAAUGGAUCAGAAUUAUAUUUUACAUUUAAAAUAGCUCAAAACCUGUAAAUAAAAUAUAUUUAUUUUGAUUAAAAAAAUUGUUGUUUA